AUGGAGAACAAUAACAUGACAAGCACACCACAAGAAUCAUCAGCCAUUACAACUGUAGCAAUUGAGAACGAAGAUCAAACUGCGACUACAUCUUUGCAACUACCAACUCCCCCCACAAGCACAACGAUGAGCAACAUCACUCUUACAACUUCUACCACUGCAAACAUCGCACCACCAACUCCCUCCGCAAUUACAAUGAUGAGCAACAUCACUCCUGUAGUUGCUGUCGCUGCAACUUUCCCACCACCAGGUCUCAUGGCCACAUUCCCACUUGAGCUUCGGAUUUUUAUUUACAAGAUGUCCCUCUGCAUGACCGUUGCCGGCCUCCUUCCGCCCAUUCUUCUCGCGUUUCACGGUACUUCCGAUUAUCCCCUCCUCCAACACCUAUACAAAACCAUCAACUUUGUCCUCUCCGAUGCCACAUUGCCUCUUUUCUCAACCAUCAAGAAGUUUGGAAACAAAUUGCAGAAGCUUUUCUAUUUGCACAUACGCUCUGACAACUUCGAAUUCUACAGACUCGAUUCUACUACCCGCACUCUUCUCGCUCACCACAACUGUAAACUUCAAAACUGGUUCCGUAAGAUAACUUUUACUGCCAUCCAGCCGACUCGCACCCCACAAACCACCGACUCAGAAUUGUCCGAAGCCAACAGUAACAUUGAUUCUAUUCUAUCUCAACUUUGCUCCAUUGUGGGCGCAAGCGUUGAAGCGCCUGAAUUUCGUGUCAAGUUUCUGGGUUAUAUUAAUGGAAAUUUGACCGACCAGAGGAGAUUGGAUCAAUAUGUUAAUUUCGCAAGUCAUCAAUUGACAUUUUCAGGUCGACGUUGGACUCCGACAAGAGAGCUGGUCGGGGACGAUGGUUUGGUUCAUAAUGGAAUUGUUUGGAUUUGGAAGCUCGUCUAG